GUUAAAUUGUAAGUGGAUGUCAAAAUUAUAUUCGGGUUCCAAUUUAAAUUAUAAAUUCGCUCGACUCUAAUUUGACUAGCCGAGUAGAUAGUCAUAUCGAUUGUUUUGUUUCACAACACCAAAAAGGAAAUAAAAUACACACGUAGAAAAUAACACAAAGCUAAGUCGUACUUUUUUAAAUUUCGGUGUUUCAGUUAUUGCGAUGAAGUUUCAAUAUAAAGAAGAACAUGCGUUUGAAAAGAGGAAGUCCGAGGGUGAGAAAAUAAGAAGGAAAUAUCCAGACAGAGUUCCAGUAAUUGUUGAAAAGGCGCCCAAAGCACGGAUCGGGGAUGUCGAUAAGAAAAAAUAUUUAGUUCCAUCUGAUCUGACAGUAGGACAAUUUUAUUUCCUGAUUAGAAAAAGGAUUCACCUCAGACCUGAAGAUGCUCUAUUUUUCUUUGUUAACAACGUAAUUCCUCCCACAUCUGCUACUAUGGGAUCAUUGUACCAGGAGCAUCACGAAGAAGAUUUCUUUUUAUAUAUCGCUUACUCCGACGAAAAUGUUUACGGGGCUGAUCUGUGAAAUGGCUUCUCACUAUACGGGAUAUAGCUGACGGGCUUACUUAUCAACAUUAAUUUUUCAACAAUAUUUUAAUAUAUAACUAGAUAUAUAAAGUUGUGAUUAUUAAAAAUUUCAAGUGUUACUUUUUUUGGGUUUACUGACAUUAAUAAACUAUGUGUAUUAUUCUCGUAAAAUAGUAAUAAAUACGUGCACAUAUUUAAUUUUAAGGUAAAAAGUUAGUUGAUAGUUUUGCGCUGCAUUUUCGAAAUGCGCCGGCGAUUAGGUAUUUAGAUAUUGUGAUUUAAGUUUCGUAAGUUAAAAAAAAAACAAUAAAAUGUUUAUCUAA